CUAGCAACUCCUGAAAUUUUAGAAAGCAGCCGAGUAUUGAAAUUUCAGAAAGCAGCCGAGUAUUGAGAAUGGCUGAAAGUCCAGUGAUCUAUCUGCUCAGCAAGCUUGCCAGCUUUUUUGAGAAUGAGAUCCAAGAUAUGAGAGAGAGCCGUGAAGAAAUGAUUACGCUGAGAGGUGAAUUCGAGCGCAUCAAGGCCUUCCUGAGAGUUGCAGAUUCCCUGGAAGAGGGCGAUGGGGAAGUCAAAAUAUGGAUUAAGCAAAUAAGAGAAGUCACAUACGAUGCUGAGGAUGCUCUUGAUGAAUUCAAACUGCUCCUGGCGCACAAUCAUGAGGGGUGCGGUCUUCUUUACAAGAUCCCUUGCUGUGUCAGGAACAUGAAAGCUCGAUAUCAGUUGACUGCUGCAGUCAAAAGCAUCAGCUCCAAAAUGAAAGCCAUCUGUGAAGGCCAUCAGAGACUGUACGAAAAACUAAACAGAGCCCAGCAAGGUUCAAGCUCUGCCUGUGAAGACAGCAUGUGGCAAGAUCACCGAGCAGACGCAGUCUUAGUAGAGAAAACUGGUCUGGUGGGCAUUGAAGAGCCCAAAGAGAAGCUUACUCAGUGGCUCGUUGGUGGCGAUUCGGAGCAGGAGGUCAUUUCGGUGGUUGGAAUGGGAGGGUUGGGGAAGACGACUCUGGCAAAGCAAGUUUUUGAUGAUCCUGUGGUGAAGAAGCACUUUCCUGUAUGCGCUUGGGUCACACUUUCUCCGUCUUCGAAGACUGAAGAGCUCCUGAUGGACAUGCUUCAACAAAUUGUCAGUAGCCUCAUGGAGCCGGUUCCAAGUGGAACAGACACCAUGAACAUUAAUUGGCUGAAAAGGACGAUCAAGAGCUUGCUACAGGGAAGAAAGUCAAGGUACCUGAUUGUUCUUGAUGAUGUCUGGCACAUGAACAGAUGGGAUGCUGUUAAGUAUGCAUUGCCUAACAAUAACCUCGGAAGCCGGAUAAUGAUCACAACCCGGAACAGUGACCUGGCCUUGGCAUCCUGCACUGAAUUGAAUGGGAAGGUCUAUGAAAUGCAGCCAUUGCCGGUUGAACAAUCAUGGGAGCUUUUCUGCAGGAAGAUUUUCAAGAAAAGCUCAUGCCCCUCCCAACUGGAGGAGAUCUGUACGGACAUUUUAAAGAAGUGCGAGGGCCUGCCUCUAGCAAUUGUGGCCAUAAGUCGCGUCCUGGCUACAAAAGACCGGCGGAGAAUAAAUGAAUGGGAUUUGGUCCGCCGUUGUCUUCGUUCAGAAAUUGAUGGCAAUGACAAACUCAAAAACAUGAAGAAGGUACUUUCACUCAGCUUUAAUGACUUGCCUUACUACCUAAAGUCCUGUUUAUUACAGAUAUCUGUAUUCCCGGAGGGUCAUGUAAUUGAGCGCAUGAGGCUAAUUAGACACUGGGUAACAGAAGGUUUUGUUGAAAUGAAAGAUGCUAAGACCAUGGAAGAAGUUGCAGAUGAUUACCUCAAUGAGCUUGUAAAUAGGAGUCUUAUCCAAGUGGUGGAGAUAGACAGCGAAGGGAGGAUAAAGUCAUGCCGAAUCCAUGGCCUUUUGCUGAAGAUCAUCAAUUUAAAGUCGAGAGAUCAGAACUUUGCAACUAUACUGGACAAACAAAGUUCAAUGUGGCCAGAUAGAAUUCGUCGCUGCUCAGUUCACAAUGAGUUUCGGUUCGGACAGCAGAACAUGUUGCUUUCCCAUCUCAGGUCCUUGUACAUGUUUGGGGAAGACAAAUGUUCCCUAUAUAGAAUUCUCUCUGGUGAUCUUAAACUUCUUAGUGUUUUGGACUUGCAAAAUGCUCCUUUAAGGAGGUUCCCAGCGCAAGUGGUAGACAUGCGUUCUCUAAAGUUUUUGAGUUUGAGGAAUACUCAAAUUCAAACUGUUCCAACGUCCAUAGGAAGGCUCCAGAACUUAGAGACUCUAGACGUCAAACACACUCGUGUCACUUCAUUGCCUAUAGAGAUAAUGAAGCUACAACACCUUUGCCAUCUCCUUGUAUAUCGUUAUCAUACUGUAGCCUACGUGCUUUACAAAUAUGGCUUCAGCACCACAGCACAAAUUGGAGCUCUUCAAUCUCUACAAAAGCUUUGGCCAAUUUAG